GAUUGCAUGUUCGCACUUCGUCUUUUCUCACUCAGCCACCCAACAUCGCCUGGGAAGAAGAGGCUGAUCCUGAAGGGCUGGGAUGUCCCACUCUGCAAUCCUCAGGAGCUGGGACCGGAUUUGGCCUUUUACAGAUCGAGAGGCGUUUCCGGGCGAGAAGCAGUGAGGACGGGCAGAGCAUCCCCCCGCGGGCACCCCUGGUGUGAAGACUCUCUCGGCUGACCCACCAGAAGCUCAGGGAGGAUGAUUCCUCACCGUUACUCCUUCCUGGUGCUGUGGCUGCAGCUGGACCGGGCCCUGUCACUUAGCCCAAAUGACCCCAAUGUCUGCAGCUACUGGGAAAGUUUCACAACCGUGUCCAAGGAGUCCUUCGUGCAGCCGUUCGUCCAGGAGUCCACGGAGCCUUGCAGAAGCCCGGCGUGGCUCUCGGCAAAGACCUGUCCUCAGCACAGAGUCCUGUACAAGGCUGCCUACCGGCAAGGGGUAAAAGUGGACUACCGGAGACGCCAUCACUGCUGCCAGGGCUACUACGAGAGCAAGGACAUCUGUGUCCCUCGGUGUACCCAGGAGUGUGUGCAUGGGCGGUGCGUGGCUCCAGACCAAUGCCAGUGUGAGCAAGGAUGGAGGGGCUCGGACUGCUCCAGUGAGUGCAGCAACCAGUCCUGGGGGCCCAACUGUCAGAACCCCUGCCCGUGCUUGAACGGAGGCAGCUGCGACCCCCUGAGCGGGGCCUGCGCUUGCCCCCCUGGCUACCGAGGCCUGCAGUGCCAAGAGCCCUGUGCCACAGGAACCUACGGCCAAGCGUGCCAGCUGGACUGCCACUGCAGGAAUGGCACGGGCUGCAACCACGUGACCGGCGCCUGCCUCUGCUCUCUGGGCUACGCUGGGCCACACUGCGAGGUCUCCUGCUCCAAGAGCACCCAGGGAUUCCAAUGCCCAGACUACUGCCCCUGCCAGAACGGGGGUGUUUGCCACCCCCCCACAUCCAGCAAAUGUGCCUGCCCACCUGGAUGGAUGGGCGACAUCUGCUCCACCCGGUGCCCCAGUGGGCGCUUUGGCUCCAGCUGCCAGGAAGAGUGCCAGUGCCACAACGGAGGCCAGUGUGACCCUGAUUCGGGCCAGUGUCGGUGUGCCCUGGGCUACAUGGGAGAGGAAUGCCGUGAGAAGUGCCCCAUUGGCAAAUAUGGGCAAGACUGUGCCGAGAUCUGUGACUGCGCCAAUGGGGGCCACUGCUUCCACAUCAGCGGGGCCUGCCUGUGCGAGGCCGGGUUCUACGGGAGCCGCUGCGAGGAGCGCAAGUGCCUUCCCGGGCUGUACGGCCUCAGCUGCCGCCUUCCUUGUCUCUGCGACCCUCGGCACACGCAGAGCUGCCACCCCGUCUCCGGAGAAUGCUCCUGCAAGGCCGGGUGGGCCGGCCUGCACUGCAACGAGAUGUGUCCCCAUGGAUAUCACGGCAUCCGAUGCCAGGAUCCCUGCUUGUGCCUGAACAGGGGCACUUGCGAUGCCGAGACGGGGCACUGUGGCUGCCCCCCUGGCUAUACAGACAAGCACUGUGCCAGCCCCUGCCCAGAUGGCACUUACGGGGUGAACUGCUCUCAGGAGUGCAGCUGCCAAAAUGCCUUGGGCUGUUCUCCAGUAGAUGGGGACUGCUUCUGCAAGGAAGGAUGGCAGGGAGCAGACUGUUCUGCCCCCUGCCCUGAGGGCACCUGGGGUGCCGGUUGCAACCAAACCUGCCACUGUGCCAACGGAGCGACCUGCAGCCCCAUCGAUGGAGGAUGCACCUGCACCGCUGGGUGGCAAGGCAGCCAGUGCACGCAGCCAUGCCCGAGCGGGCUCUAUGGCUUGGGCUGCAGCAGGAAGUGUGCCUGUGAAAACGCCGCUGGCUGUGACCCCGUCACCGGACAAUGCCGCUGCCUCCCUGGAUGGAAAGGACCCCGUUGCAGCCAGCCCUGUGCAGAGGGCCUCUGGGGGGAGCAGUGCCACCAGCUGUGCUCAUGCAAGAAUGGCGCCAGCUGUUCCCCCAAGGAUGGGAUCUGUGAGUGCACCCCUGGCUUCCGGGGGCCCCACUGCCAGCGGUCCUGCCAACCCGGCCAUUAUGGCAAGAAGUGCUCUGUGCCCUGCAAGUGUGCCAAUCACUCCAUCUGCCACCCCGUGGACGGCUCCUGUGAUUGUCCUCCCGGGUGGAUGGGCAGCGAUUGCUCUAGACGCUGCUCUCCCGGGUUCUUUGGGAGCAACUGUACCGCCCAGUGCCAAUGCCGGAACGAGGCCUUCUGUGAUCCAGGCACAGGGGGCUGCCUGUGUCCCUCAGGUUAUACCGGAGCGCAUUGUGAGACCAGCAGCCCCGGCCACCCGCUCGCGACGGUCCCGGCCCCGCCAGCCGCCGCCUCCUCCCUGGGUGCCGUGAUUGGCAUCGUCAUCCUGGCCGCCGUGCUGGCCGCCGUGCUGGUGCUUUUCUUCUGCUACCGGCAGCGGCAGAAGGAGGAGAACCAGCACGUUUCCGUGGCCUACACCACAGGGAGGACGGACAGUUCGGAGUACGUCGUCCCUGAUGUGCCUCCCAAUCACACCCACUAUUAUUCCAACCCCAGUUACCACACCCUCUCACCGUGUUCUCCAACCUUCCCCAUCCCAAGCAGCUUGGAGCAGCCUGGCAAGAGCCUGGAGCGGGACUGGUCAGGAUUGCACGGGGCCGACUGCAACGCCACCUUGCCCGGCGACUGGAAGCACCACAGGGGGAGUCCAGCCCUCAGCUGCCCCGGGCACGGGGGAGGCUACCUAGAUCGGAGUUGCAGCUACACUGACAGCCUUGGAAAAUACCGCUGCCAAGUGCACGCCAAGGAGACGCCCUGGGGUCAUAGCGACAGCUCGCUCAGCAGCGAGAACCCCUACGCCACCAUCAACGAUUGUCCGAGCCCCGCUGGCAAGCCCUCAGAGGGCAGCUACAUGGAGAUGAAAUCCCCCCGCAAGCAGAAGUCCUACGCGGAGAUCGGUCUCUUCGAAGGCCCUUCCUGCAGCCUCGAGGCCGAGGGAGAGGAAGCGAACGCUUUGGCUGAGGCAGAAGGCAUAUCGCAAGGGGCUCUGGCCAUCCCCCCCAGCCACUACGAUUCCCCCAAAAACAGCCACAUCCCCAGCCACUAUGAUGUGCCCCCUGUCCGGCACUACCCACCGUCGCCUCCCCUCCGAAGACAAGCCCGGUGAGGCCGCCGCCUGCUCGCUGCCGCCUCUCCCAAGCGACCUCCGCAGGGAAGGACUCAGAGCCAGGAUGACCAGCACAUCUAACUUUGGCCCAGAUUAGCAAUGGACGGUGGGACAGCCUCCGCGGAGAGAAGAGACAGUGGACGUGACUUGGUGUUGGGGGGCUUCGUUCCAGCCCGGCUUCCCCCAGGCUUCCAAGAGAGGAGCCAGCAACCCUCGGCCUCGCCUCCGGACCUCCGUCCUUCCCCACCCUACCCCACCCAUUGCAGAGAGGAAGCACUUCUUGUUCCAGAAAAAGCUGCAGGCAGCAGGGCUGGGCAUCCCAGGAAGACGGUCCCCCAGUUCGAGAUCCCCUCGAGGCCUGUGGAUUCCUUCUGGCAAAGGACAAUGGCUGGAUUUGGGGCUGGUGAGUUAAUUCACUUUGGGAACUUUUCCCCAAGGCCCGUGGGCCUCUCGGACAUUUGCGUUCAGCAGCCAAGGAGGCCCGGAGGCGUGAGCUGGAUCCCCCUCCUCCACCCUCCCAUGGCACCAUCGUGGCCUCCAAGCUCCCCUCGAGAGCCUUUGUGCCACGUGAUAAAAGUUCUCAGCUUCUGGACUUUCUUCAGGGAGAGGGGCAACUCGGCCGGUGAAGCUUCAGACCGUUUGGACUAGAUUGCUGGGGUGCUGUUUUGAAGCCUGGGUUAGGAAGGGGUGCCGGAAGAGGAAACAAAGCCAUUUGCAGGAAAAGAGGAAGCCGCUUGACGCCAAGUUAGAUUUCCAAAGGGGAGGGCUGCAGCCAUGACUGGGUACUGAAACUGGAAUUCAGCCCCAACUGGAAAGGCGCCGUCACUCUUGUCUAACGGGGACCCCCACCACUUCUCCAGUUCUCAAUGGUUUUGCUCAUUUCCAACUCCCCUUUUUGGCAAAAGAAAACCAGUUUGGGGGCAGAGUUGAGCCAGGAGGAGUCCCUGUCACUUUGCCGGCCGAAGAGAACAUCCGGGAACUGGGCUUAGCAGAGUGGAUGGAAGGGAGCGGUCAGGGAGGGAAGCUGCUGCUCUUCUGGGCCCCUCCGACAGCUUAAUAAAACCAUUUGGGUGUUUUUUA